AUGUCGACAAAAGGCCGCUCCAAAGGCCUCUCCUUGGUAGAUAUACCUUUCGACGUUCGCAUCCUCAUCUAUGAAGCCAUAUUGGCUGACCAUCAGUGUGUGAAACAAAAUCGCCAACCCUCAAAUACCCAUAUCCGUAUCCUUCAUACCUGCAGGCAGAUCUUCUAUGAAGCACGCGUAGUAUUCCAUAAGUAUGUCUCCCUGCGAAACGAUUGGGAGGUGGAUCACUACCUCACUUAUCUGGAUUCCGAGCCACAAGCUGCCGCAAAAGUUCGUUGGGCUGAUAUUGCCAACGAUGGACGUGUCUUGGAGAACACACUUGGCCACGUAUGUAACAUUCUGGCUAGCCCAAUCUCUCGGUUGUAUCUUGUAUUGGCGAAGUUCGUAUCGCUGGAGAAAUUACGAGUCUUCAAUGUUCGUCACUAUCAUCCCCACACAACCUCAAGUAGAUAUCAGUUGAACUUCGAGGGAGCCAUGUUUCCCGGUCCAAAGGGUCACAAGCCACUCUUGCAAGCAUACGAACUUCAUCUAGAUCCAUCCACGAGGGCGAAUCCUUUCCAAACCCUUCCUUCAAAUCACAUCCGUUCUCUGCGGUUAUCAGGAGAUUGUCGUUUCAAGAAAGCUCCUUUUCCUGCGCUGCGCCAUCUCACCAUUCGGGGUGUUACAAGCAAUGCAUUUGAUCAGAUACGCUUCAACACCAGUUUUCCUGACUGUCAACUUGAUUCCUUCAUCCACGCACAAGGUCAUCGACUUGGUUUCGAAAUCAGAAAUGUCCAUCUGGAAUCCCUUCUGGCGGGCCCCGGGUCACGUCUUCGUAAACUUGUCCUAUUGGGCAGCAGCCGGCUAUCAAGUGCAACCAUCGCUUCAUGCCUCCGCAGUUUGCCCACGUUAGAGUACUUUGCUCUCUCACUGGUGACCGUAAACGAGCUGCGUGAAAACUUUAUUCUGGCUCUGGGACCCUCACUCCAAGUGCUCAAGUUGCAAAUAACUCACGCUUGGUAUGCAGUGCCCCUAUUCGAAGAAGAGCGAAUUAUUUGCGACGCGCUAGAGGAGAGAAUUCUGCUUCGGCACUGGCCCCACACAGUGGUGCAUGUCUCAUUUCAUAGUCAGCUGAUGGCCGAGGAUGGCCGACAAGACAGGUGGAAGAACAUCGCCGCUGCGCAGCACUUAUCACUAAAGAUAGGACCCUGGGAAGAUGAGGAGGAAACAUAG